AUGCUGCGAGACAUGACGCCGCGGAUAGGUCUGUACGACUACGAUUUGAUGAAGAAGAUGGUGGACAAAAUUACAGUUAAUGUUGGCGCCGGUGAAGUUUCCUACCACGGUGCAACGGUACGGACCGAGCUGUCAGUGAGCAAUCUUAUUAGCUUCCCUUCUAAGGAAACUUUCACAGCGAAAGCAGCAAAGCCGGCGCCCAGAAGGGCAAAUGCCACAUACGCGCCGAUGUUGCGAAGUAGUUAUACCAAAACCGGGCCGCAGGAGUUUUCAAAUUACAUACGAACAUGGUACCCAAGCAUUUCAGCGGAGAAGCUUGGUAUACUUCUGCGGGAGCAGAACGCCCGUGGCCUAGCAAGCAUAUCAGAAAUGCGUCAAGUGUUCCAGUCCAAUAUGUUUACUUUCACAGACAAGCUUAUGGCAUGCUUAGCAGAUAGUUGCACUUGUUGCAAGGCACAUGGGAACAAAAAGUGCAUCUUGGAAAAGGACGGCACAAACACUUGUGAUGCACCGCCUCAUGUACCAACUGACCAAACUCAAUUCAGCACCCCAUUAGUCAGCAAGAUAGGUCCUCGACUACCACCACCAGGCAACCCUGCAGGUUGCCUAUCUGCCAAUAGUUCCGCGUCUAGGAAAAGGGAUGGAAGUUUAUCAUCAAGCGUACAGUCGGGCACAGCAAAGAAAACAUGUUCACGUGAGGCGCAGAACGUCCUCGCCGCAACACCAACAUAUGGGCAAGAACCACUCAACCAAAUUGCCAUAUCCCAGGAUGCAAGCCUCAAUGAAAUUGCAAGCAAGAUCGUUGCAUUUUACGACAACCUUACAGCCAUCUUGGUUACUUACUAUGCUGAGAUGCGGCCAGCCCCCGGGUUCAUAUUGUUUGGAUCAACCACCGAUAGAGCACAUGUGAAGAUCGAUCUACCUCAAUGCAAUUUUGGAAGAGAUCCGUGGGUAGCUGGAUCAGUCCCAGUACCACCAAAUCCAACUGUACUCAGGGCCAUAAGAGACUGGAUGACUGCAGCCUCGAUGCUAAACCUUGAGAGGAAAUGGAUCAUGCAUCCUAAGCCAAGACUCAUAGCAUUAGAGGGGGUUGAAAUCCAACGUCAACUUGCAUCUAACGAUGCAAUGACCCAUGAGAUGGCUACAGCUAUUUUCCGCAGGCUUGGCCAGAUUGACUCGUUUUUCUCAAAGGACACUCCUGGACUGAUAUGGAGGAAAUUCCUCGAGCCUGACUUUGCUACAACUGUUUUGGCGAAUGCCGACCCAUUGACUGUACACUCAAUCAGGGGUAGCUUCCAAGAAGGAACAGCAUCCUGCAAUCCAGCUUCGUGCCGAAUGUGGUACAUCCCGACGAUACUACCUGAUUGUUGGACUGUAUAUGCAUUUGAUAUGCUGCGGAAAAGAAUCAUCGUAUUCGACCCAACAAUUGGGCCAUUUGGGUAUAGCAAUCGGCGAGUCAGCAUGCAUGAAUUUGUUAGCAACAAACUGCAUGCCGCGUUGUUCACAUGCCUCCAGAAUUUCUUCAGCUCUUGGCAUUGUGAAUCAAGCCACUGGGGGCGCACUUUUCCGAUCAUAAUGAGGGAAAACAUUGAGAAAGAGCAGACCGGGCUGUGCGCCACCUUUUUUGCAUGGAAUUAUGACGGCGACAAACUGCAGACACCACUGAACAAAGACAUGCUCGCAUCACAUAGCAGCUUGAUGAUCUACGAACUAAUGAGGAUGCAAGGUAACCAAACUCCAGUGGAAAACGACGCCCUUGAAGCUGUCAAAGGAUCGUUCAUUGCUCUUUAG